CCAGUGAUAUAGCCAUAAAAGCUUUAAAAACUCUUCAGAAAUAUGCAUAGGUGUUUUAAAUGAAUGGGUAGAUGAUUAUUUUUGUUGCUGUUGAUGAGCCUGUUUUGAUCAGACUGACUCAUGUGUGCCCUCUUGUGGUGUAAACAUGUGUUAAUGCACAGCUUGUGCACAGUAGUGAACACACCUAGCCACUCAGUCUCUCACUCUCCACAAAAAGAGCACUACCAGUAUCAGUGUACAGGGUCUGGAAAUGGCAUGAAUUAGGCAUUAUUCGUGCCGUCUUAAAUGAUGCAACAGUUACAUUGUGGCAUCUUAGGUGCGACACCAUUUAAGGAUGUACGUAGAGACUGAAUGAGAAUCCAAACUUAAGCACAAUAUGUCAGACAUAAGACAUAACAAUAACACUAUAAUUAGCCACUAGAGUUGAUUUAGACACUUUAGUCACCAUGCCAACACGUUUUCUUGCAAAAAGAAAAGUAUCCUAUGCUGCACCGCAGAGUAAACACGUCUCUCUGCUCGCUCUCGCCAAGCCCCAGCAGAGAGCUGGAAUGACGCACAAAGAGCUUUUUCAGCCUUGCAGUGAGCGAGCGAGGGCUGGGUGGGCUGCAAGUUGCACAGGCCCGCCCCCUUCCAGCUCCACACGCUGCUUCUCAUGCCUCUGAGCUGUGGAAGGAGGGGCACCAGGACCGGUAUAAAACAACCAUCCUCGCCUCUCACAGACUCAGAAAUCAGAGAGCUCAGCAGACAAACACAGCUCCUUCCCUGUUGCUCUAGAACUCAGAGGAACAACGUUAACGUCGUGAAAGUAUAAGGCACCAUGAUUAAGAAAAUGUCGCCCUCAGAGAACGACUUCGACAUCCCAGCCAAGAACUGCUACAGGAUGGUGAUCCUGGGCUCCACCAAAGUCGGGAAGUCUGCGAUCGUGUCCCGGUUCCUCAACGGCAGGUUCGAGGAGCAGUACACACCGACAAUCGAGGACUUUCACAGGAAGCUCUAUAGUAUUAGGGGAGAUGUAUACCAGCUGGACAUUCUAGACACUUCGGGAAACCAUCCGUUCCCUGCGAUGAGGAGACUGUCCAUACUCACAGGUGACGUCUUCCUCCUUGUGUUCAGCCUGGACAACCGAGAGUCCUUUCGGGAAGUGCAACGUCUCAAGCAACAGAUCUUCGAGACCAAGUCGUGCCUAAAAAACAAGACCAAGGAGAAUGUGGACGUGCCACUGGUCAUCUGCGGCAACAAGGGUGACCGAGAGUUCUCCAGAGAGGUGCAGCGAGAGGAGAUCGAGCAGCUGGUGGCCGGCGAUGAGCAGUGCGCCUACUUUGAGAUCUCGGCCAAGCGCAACACCAACGUGGACCGCAUGUUCCAGACUCUCUUCACAAUGGCCAAGCUGCCCAAUGAGAUGAGCCCAGACCUGCAUCGUAAGGUGUCAUUGCAGUACUGCGACGUGCUGCAUCGCAAGUCAUUCCGCAGCAAGAAGCCAAAGGAUGGUGACGCAUACGGAAUCGUGGCACCAUUUGCACGCCGCCCCAGUGUGCACAGUGACCUGAUGUACAUAAAAGAAAAGGCCAUAGGUGGCAGCCAAGGCAAGGACAAGGAAAGAUGUGUGAUCAGCUAAAGACUGUCCUGCUGAAACUGCCACAAAACACGGCACAACAGGGUUGAGCUGCAGGCUGACAGACGCGCACACUGUUGCCAUAUUUACAGGUGGCGACAUCAGUGUAGCGUAUGCGCACCGGGCGGAGACGUAGCCCACGCUGCGAUGCAAUGGACACGUUACUGUGCGUGAGAUGUGUACAUACCCAGAAUGUGACUUUGCCGCGCUCAGUUAGAGCGCUCUGUAAUGUGGCUUUCGUUUGUUGUGAGAUUCGGCUAAACAAGCCGUUGAAAAGUCUGCUUCGGUACGUCUGCCUUUAAACAGAUCUGGCUCACGAGACUCACGCAGCACAGUGAACUGCCAUGUUCAGAACAGCCUACUGUUUACAUUUUGUUAUUUUAUAACAAAUAACUGAACUUGAAUGUUUGUUGCUUUUGGAACAAAUUUUACGAUGAAUGUAUUUAUUCUUCUGUCUCUGUACACUUUUGCAAUGAGGAAAAUAUGAAAUAAAUGAAUUUAUUGAA